CAAGACGCUGUGAUCGUUGCCGGGGAAACAGGACGCUCAUUGAAAAGUAGAGCAGACCGUUUGAAGUGCAGACAGAACGGAAGAAAUACGGUUUUUCACGGCGGUAAACCGAGGAAAUGACACGACUGUGUGUCUGUGAGAUGUGCAGCUGUGGCCGUCAUCGCUGCACGCAUCCGACCACGGCACUGUACAGUAAAGGAGGUCACAAUAAUGUGGUAACGGAGUAUUCUGAGAAAUAUCCUGCUUAUAAAGGUCACAUCCGUCCCAAAAGCCUCAAACCCCAACAGGAGUACAAAGCUCACCAGAAUGGCAUGGAUGGAACCACCACCUUCAGAUCAGACUAUGUCCCAUAUAAGGUCAUGCGACGUCCCGAGAAACCGCAGGCCGAGUAUAAGCCUAAACCUGGACAGAUUGAUUUAGGGACCACCUAUAAACAAGACUUCAAUCAGUAUGAAGUGCAGCCAUUCGUUUCCUCGCGCCCUAAAGAGAGAGCACAUACUAUAAAUGCAAAGCUGGACACUGUACCCACCUACAAAGAGGAUUUUCGUCAGUGGGAAAUCAGCCGCCGGGAAAUAACCAAGCCUGAUGAGACGUAUCAUCCUCCCACUACAAAAUUUGGAAAUUCCACAACAUUCCAGGAUGAUUUCAUCGUCAAGGCUCUCAAGCCACGUAAGAGCUACAAGCCUCCAAACGCCGCCAAGCUCUCCGACGCUCCCUUUGAAAAUGUGACCAGUAGCCAGCUUUCAUACGUACCACACCCUGUGGAGGCCCGUUACGUAAAACAGGUGGAAGAAUACAAACCUAGUAACCAACCGUUCCAAGAUCUCACCACACACCGCAAAGACUACCAAGGCCUGCCGGGUCAACAUCCCAAAAGCUGCAAACCAGAGGCGCUCAAGGUGGCCUCCGACAUGCCCUUCCAGAGCAACACGGAAUUCCGGGACCGUUUCCAGCAUUGGCCUGUCUUCCUCCCCGAAGUCCACAAGUCCGUGGAGUACACGAGCCCCACAGCCCACAUGGACCUGAGCACCACUUCGCACUCCGAUUAUAUCAAGCACCAAGUCCAACCCUUCGUGUCCGCCAAACCCUUCUUGCUCCCGAAGAAGUCUUCCGUGCCCUUUCAGGGCAACACCACGAUGAGGGACGACUUCCAGCCGUGGGAUUCGCAUCGUCGAACCCCGUUCCGGAAGCAAGAGGAAAUGCACCGAUCUAGCGGGAAAAUGGAAGAUCUUACCACCUUCAAGGCCCAUUACAUCCCUCACCAAACCAAGCCCAGUCAGAGCUUCAAGCCCCAUAAUGCACCUCUGCGGUCCGACGCUCCCCUAGACCAUGACACCAUGUAUCGCACCGAGUUCACACCCAAGAAAAUCAGCAUGUGCCCGGCCAGUUUCGAGUCUCCGCCGGGGUUUGUUUUCGAUAACUACGACGAUCAAGGCCACCGGUUCUUCCGCAAGUUGACGUCAGUUGACGUGAAGGAUACUCCUAAGGAAAUGGCAUUGAUAGCUUGAGAAAGUCAUCGUGUUGUGCUUAUAUAAAGAUGACAGCAUACAGUA